AUGUCUACAACGGAAACCAGGACUCAACUCGCAGCCAGCGAUGAGCAGCAGCUAAACGGAGGUGCUAUGGCAGAAACAUCGACGGUGGAGGAUGUUUUCGAUGACACCUACAGAGAAAAAUCCGGUCCCAAACCGCGGAGGGUUCUGGUGUGGAGAAAUAUCAUCAUGAUGACCCUCCUACAUAUCGGUGCGCUUUACGGACUGGUUCUGCUUCCAUCUGCUUCGUUUUUGACUCUUGCAUGGAGUAAGUAUAAUCAGUUGGAGGCUUUAUAAGCAUGUUAGUUUUAGAUCACAGUUGGAAAACAGAAUGUUCUGAUGUUGUUUGACUAUUGCUUCCCACUGAACAGGCUGCUUAGGGUGGGUGGGGGGCGGCAGCAGCAGCAGGAAUAAUGGAGUAUGAGUCACUGAGCUUGUCAGUUUCAUUAUCUGAACCAACCUAUAAGCACCUUAAUCCAAUUGUCUCAUUGUUAAGAUAUCAAGUUUACCAGUAAUUUUAAAGCACUUGAGAAUCUUGGUAAAAAAAAAAAAAAGUGUAAUCCAAUCUGUCAAAGAUAAAUUACUUGCUGAAUAUUUAGAAUUGGUUCCCUAUAGAUGCAGACUAUAGCAGCAUGACUUGAAUUCCUGAACAGUGUCAACUUUGUUUCCAGCAGCACUGCAUAAUUUUCUCCUCUCUUUGCAAUGCUGCUGCAUAUUAUUCCAGCGGGGAAGACAAAGCACAAUCAACAUUCCCAUAGACAUCCCAUUGUAAGCUGCGUGACACCACAACAGAACACUCUUUGCCCAGCCAGAAGCCCCCAGUUCUCAAAUCCCAGGCAGUCUUGUCUGGGCUUCACAUAGAAACACAUUCAGCAGUUUUAUAACAACAAAAAGUGUGUGAGGGCAGACCUGCGUGCUCCCACCACCCCAUCUGUGCACGCAGAUAACUUUUCCCUGUGUAAUAAGGCCUGGCUGAAAUGGGAAAGGACAAGGUGUCCCAGUGACUCUGAUCUCACAGGAGUAGAAUUAAUCUUAGAGCAGUGGUGACAGUUUUCCCCUAAGACAUCUGUCCUUUUCACCUCUCUCCCUCUCUCCCUCUCUUCCAGCUGCAGUGUGCUACCUCUUCAGUGGGCUCGGUGUGACUGCUGGUGUGCACAGAUUAUGGAGUCACAGAUCCUAUAAGGCUUCUUUCCCCCUGAGAGUCUUCCUCGCCCUUGCUAACUCCAUGGCAUUUCAGGUAACACUAAAAAAAAAAGUGUUCCCAUGUAACCCUGUCGGCUGCUACUGUACAUUAAAAAUCUUUAGAUUAUUCUCCACCCAAGAAGGCGGUUCCCACUUAUUCCCCGGAUGGAAAAAGUUUCUCAUAUAACACCUUGUUGAUUAAGUUAAAUAAAUGAACGGUCAGGGAGGCUUUUAUAACAUAAAAACUAGUUUGAAACUUACACAAGGGAGAGGUGGAAACUUGGAGCCUCUGUCCACCCGAACUUCAAAGGGACUUUAGAGUUAUAAAAGGCGUCUUGUGACUUGCAGUCAGAGUUGUUCUGUAAUGACUAGCACGGCAUUUUUCGAUUUGUUUUUUUACUCUGAAAAAGAGGAGAACCGAUGAGAGAGUUUCACAGAUGUGGACUAACUUGAACAGUUUUCACUCUAAAUGUAGACCUGCUUAUGCAAAAACAAAGACGUGUCCUUUAACUGUCAUCAAAAGCAAAAUUAUCAAAAUUUUAAAUCAAAGCACUCUAAAAUAUGAUUAUGAAUGAUUAUGAUGUAAGUUUUUCAUCACUGUUGAACAUGACACUGGUGUAACAGUUUAUACAAGGUGAUAUUUGCAUACUAGUAUUUUCAAAAAUCCCUCAUUAUGGGGGGUAAUAAAAUAGUUUUGAUAAAGCUCCUGUAAUGAGUUCUUUCCUGUUUAUGAAAUCUACUGAACUUUGCACUGAUGCCUUUUUUUAUGAUGCACCAAAGCAAACAAGAUCACCAGCAACAACAUCCACAAGGCUGUUCUUAAGGUGUGCUUGCCUGGCACCUCCCCCCUCGUAAUUACUCUUUUAAAGACACAAAUCUAGUUGUUGAUAAUCUGGCAUGCUGUUGUGAGUCAUAGAGAGGAAUAACUAUAAAUCUGAGUCUGUUUAAUUGCUAAUCCUCUCAGGGGCUUAAAGGGAUAUUCUGGUGUAAAAUUCAUUAGGGUCAAACACACCGUAACACUGAGUUAGACACCCCCUCGAGAGAUGAAUGUUGCCGACCGUUUGCUUCUCUAGUUAUACCAACUUUAGUAACGACUGCACGAUAGCAAAACACAGCGGUCUGAGGAGCCAAAAAUAAACCUCAACCAAAACGCCACUCUAUAGCCACUAAUAAUGCUCAGAACAGCAUGUAACUUCAUCAACAGUGCAUAUAGGGUCCCAGCCACAGCACUAGCCACCAAACAUCUUUUUGAUUUUGCCUUAUUUCUUUAGUAAGGGGACUAAACACACCUUAUCUACUCUCUUCCAGCAGCCACUAGUUUGUAGCAAGACCUCAGGCCAAUCCAUUACUAACUACAGUGGGUUUACGCAGCUCAAGGAAGAACAUUUAUGAUAAUUUCUUUAUCAUUUCCUUAAAGUAAUAAUCACCAUAUUAAUCAUUUUGCACUGCAGACAUGGUAGUUCUUCUGCUUUAGUGUCUCAGUGUGAUUGCAUUUCCAUGAAGAAACGAUCAUAAAUGUUCUUCCUUGAGCUGCAUCACCCUGCAGCAGUCCCUUAAUUAGUUUUACACCGAAAUAUCCCUUUAAAGCAGCACCAUCUAUCUUGUAUUAUUAAAUAGGAUCCCAAAGUCAGUCAUUGUUCUGUUUUCAUUAUGCUGAACUGCAAUAGUUUGGUUUUUUUGAAAGGAAGUUAUGUCAUCUGACUGAUGUGCUUUGCCACAGUCUGGUGAUCCGACUAUACUGCAUGUCUUUGUGUCAUCCUCUCUGCCUCCGCUUGUCUCCUAUGUGCAGAAUGACAUAUACGAGUGGGCGAGGGAUCACCGCGUCCACCACAAGUUCUCCGAGACAGACGCAGACCCUCACAAUGCCACGCGGGGAUUCUUCUUCGCCCACAUUGGUUGGCUGUUGGUUCGUAAACAUCCUGACGUCAUUGAGAAGGGAAAAAAGCUGGAGCUGAUGGACCUCAAGGCAGAUAAAGUGGUUAUGUUCCAGAGACGGUAAGAGGAUGAUCAUUUAGAGUUUGUUUCGAGGUUUGAAGCAGUUCCUCUGUCUGAAAUGAGCCCAGGGGAUUUACACUUAACAGUUCACAUGCUAUCAGCUACUGUCACUGCUGACUCUUUACCAAAACACACGAGCUCUACAAGGAGCGCUCUCUUCAUUUCAUUAGUAUUCUGCAUUAAUCAUGUCUGCAGCCGAGCUAUUUUGGAUUUUAAUGUGUUUAAGUAAAGCUGCGAAUUUGGGACUGUGCUAACAAGGUCUACGAAUCUACACCAGGCACCAUAUCAUGUGGUAUCCAUUGACUGGUCAUUUGUCAACAUCUCUUCCUUUCUGGAAGCAGUCCCAGAUUUUCUUCUCCGCUCUGAAGCAAAGGGGAUUAAUAUUAAGUGAAGCCACACACUCAGAGGCACUUUCAAAUGUUUACAGUGAAGUGAUGACAAAGUGAUAACCCUUUUAUUGCUCUCAUCCUUGUAAAAGUGGUGUUAACUGACAAAAUAUCUCCUCCUGUUUUUUUAUUUUACAGUGAAUUUAUCAGACAUGGAGAAUAUUUGCAGUGUGAAAAGAAACAAAGGCUGUUUCUUCAGUUUACUUACCCCUCACAGCAGUCUCAGUCAUUAAAAACUACAACCCAGUCACAGUCAAUCAUGUCAUAAAUAGUCUCAAUGCGUCAUAGAGACACAUCACUGUCUGUUUUAGUCUGUUUCUGAAAAGGAUAUUCCGACGUAAAAUAAUUUAGGGUCAAGCACUCUGUAACACCGAGUUAAACACCCCAUCGAGAGAUGAACGAUAACCAAAACGCCACUCUAUAGCCACAAAUAAUGCUCAGAACAGCACCUAACUUCAUCAACAGUACAUAUAGGGUCCCAGCCAUAGCACUAGCCACCAAACAUCUUUUUAACUUUGACUGAUUUCAUUUUAAGAGACUAAACACAACUCACCUACUCUCUUCCAGCAGCCGCUUGUUUGUAGCGAGACCAGUCCAUUACGGACUACAGCGGGGUAACGCAGCUCAAGGAAGAACAUUUAUGAUCAUUUCUUUAUCAUUUCCUUGAAGUAAUAAUCAUCAUAUUAAUCAUUUUGCACUGCAGACGCUUUAGUUCUUCUGCCUUAGCGCCUCGGUCUGAUUGCAUUUUCAUGAAGUAAUUAUCAUAAAUGUUCUUCCUUGAGCUGCGCCACCCCGCAGCAGUCCGUAAUGGACUAGUUUGAGCUCUUGCUACAAACAAACAGCUAUUGGAAGAGAGUAGGUGAGUUGUGUUUAGUCUCCUAAAUUAAUUUUAUGCUGGAAUAUCCCUUUAAAUUCCUCACAUGAGUUUUAACCAAAAAUACGUCAUGAUGAAUUUAAAGUAAUACGCAUAUAUUUUCUACUUCCAUCUCAGGCACUACAAGCUCUCAGUGGUGAUCCUUUGCUUUCUCGUGCCCACGUUGGUGCCCUGGUACUUCUGGGGGGAGUCUUUGGCUGUGGGGUACUUCGUCUCCGGACUGCUGAGGUACGCCGUGAUUCUGAACGCCACCUGGCUGGUGAACAGCGCCGCACACAUUUGGGGCACCAGGCCGUAUGACAAGACCAUCAACCCCAGGGAAAACCCACUAGUCGCUCUCAGCGCCAUAGGUGAGGAAACUGUUUGUUCAUUAUUCACCAUUACACAACAGAUAGUCGCAAGCAAGUGUUGUGAUUGGACGAGAGUCACUCCAUGAAUUCUGAAAUAGAGAACAACAGGUAUGGGAGUAAAAGUAUCACUCUGACUCAGGUGUGGGAGUGCUUUGAUUUAACAUCACUAUGAAUAAAUAAGGCCAGCACCUGUGAAUCACACCGGCCAUCAAAGUCCUGAACACUCCGAAUUCACUUAGAGAGAGCCAAACUUAGAGAGAAAUGUAAACAUUACAUAUGAGGAGAAGCGUGUUUGUAGGAAAUGUUUAUUUUCAUUACUUGUUGAAAGAAUUUCUCAGCCACAGAGAGGACUUUCUCAGAGCUGGUCCACCCGAGUUACUGUGGCUGAUGUUUAUUUUGUCUCUGCUGUGCCAGUGUUAGCUCUAAAACGUUGUGUUCAUCAGCUGUUGAUGUGAAUUUAGUGAUUUUGAAUGUUGGAUGUUAUUUUCAGUAUCAUUGUUUCCUGUGAGUCAAAGCUUUAAUGGUGGUGGCUGACACUGUGGGGGCUUGAUGCUGCGAACAGAAGUGAGCAUUGUUGUCUGAAAAAAACACAGCGCCCGGCUCACAAGCGAACUGAUGAUUGCAUAAUGCAGGGGAGCAUUGUUUGAGUUUACUUGCACUUAAAGGCAAUCUUACAGCUUCCCACCUCUUUUUUUAUGACCAAACUCGAAUUGUUCUGCUCCAAAUGAAUCCUUUCUUGCAGCUGUGAGAUCAGAUUGCAUGAAGUUAGUGCCUAAUUUUCACCUUGGAAGUCUCACACAUGACGUAAUUGUAAUUGGUAAACAGUUUUUCCAUGUUACUUUAGCUGCUUGUUACAGAAGUAAUUCUUUACUUAAAUUUUACACUUUCUAAUUUUUGAUAACUACAUAAAAGCUCUCAGACCCUGAGAGUUGUAACUGUUACUGCCAACACUGCCACACCCCUCAAACCUUAUCAGGCAGAGCGAUCGAGUGGGGCUGAAUGAGAUAUUGUUUGGCCAUGACAAAAUUUGCAUCCCAGGAUGUGGAACAUUAGUCAUAUGUCUUAAAGCACAUCAUGCCAUCACUGUUAUUUUCCAGGAUUAAUCAGCAUCAAAAAUCAGCCUAAUAUGAAUAUAGUACAACCCUUUACCUGAACACACGCAGACAACUGACCUCUGUGCAUGCAAAGUCUGUAGCCUAUCUGUGCAGCACGUGACUGCAGAAUGUGAAAAUAAUGCAACACUGCUGCUAUCACAGACUAGCCCGGCAUGCGCUUGACCAAUCAAGAUGGGUUUUCAGACAGUGCUUGUGAUAUGGGCACAUAUACAGACUGUAAGUGAGUCUGUUGCUGUUAUUAAGCUAAAGCCUCAGCAGUCAGCUUUGCAGUCCCAGAACCUACGCCUUUUCAUGCAUAGAAAACAUCUCAUAUUAAAGAGACGCUGAAGAGUUAAGCCUCUCUUUGAAACCUCUGUGGGUGACAGAAUUAUGAGCUUGUUGAUUAUUUCAUACCACAAACUAUGUCAUAAUUAUUUGGACUGAUCUGUUUUUGGUAACUUGUAAAUUGCUGUAAAGAAAAGUCAGCAUUUCAAGUCACUGUGAGGAAUUUUCAUCCCUCCAAAUGAAAUCAAUAGUGUUUUUUCCUGAGAGGAAAACUUCAUUUCCUGUGAGCACUGACACCCAAUGUCCUCAUGAUGUCGAUCUCACUAAAGCACGCAUUUGAUGUAGAAAAUACCAAUGAAUACAGAUCAUCCUGAUAUCACUCUGUUCAAGACAGCUUUCUGUGUUGAUUUGUCACAAUGAAAUAUUGUUAACUGUAACAUCACAAUGAUAAAACUUUGUGAACUCAUCAGCUUACAAAAGGUGACCAUUGUUCAUACUUGCCCAUCAUUGCUCUAGUGUUCCAAUAAAUACAAAGUAGGGUGAUUUUGCCCACAAAGAGUAGUGAAGCAUUCUUAUGCCUGCAUAAAUAUUAAAAAUCCUGGUAAAGUUUUUCAAUUUAAAGCCAUACUUGAACAGAAAAAGUAAAUUUUUUAACGAAUCCUGCUCCAGGUUCAACCAUGAGUGAAAAAGAAGAAAAAAGGAGGAAACUUCUAAUUCUCACUGCCAAAUUGAAAUCUAAACAUAGAAAUGCUGGAUGAAAGCCAAAUAUUGACACCGCCUUUUUCCCCCCCAGAAAAUCCAUCCUGAAAUUCAGCUGAAAGAAAUAACCGAUCUCAUUUGACUGCGUGGGUUAUGAAGAAGCUGAUUCUGUUUCAAACCAGUUCACGCCUCCUCACAGCGCCUCUCAGAUUUUUUACCCCCCCAACAAAUCCAGAGUUCAAUCAGAAUCAAAUCACAUUUUCAAUCAUAUGCUGCUCAUAGCUUUUGGUCAAUCUAGCCCCAAUCUUCUGUUGUGUUGCGCCAGUUUAAUAUGACUGUUUUCAGCCUUAUCAUAACCUGUAUUUAAAGGGAUAUUCCAACGUAAAAUAAUUUAGGGUCAAGCACUCCGUAACACCGAGUUAGACACCCCCUUGAGAGAUGAAUGUUGCAGACCGCUUGCUUCUCUAGUUAUACCAACUUUAGUGACGACCGCAGGAUAGCAAUACACAACGGAAUGAUGACUUGGUUAGAGUUUUGUACGGAUGUGAAAUUCAGCAAACCAUGUCAUCUUUGUGAAUUACUCUCUGUUUGUUUCUCAGGCGAAGGCUUCCACAACUACCACCACACGUUCCCCUUCGACUACGCCACCAGUGAGUUUGGCUGCAAGCUCAACCUCACCACCGCCUUCAUUGACCUCAUGUGCUUGUUAGGAUUGGCUUCAGACCGCAAGAGGGUAUCGAAAGAGACGGUGGCUGCUCGCAUACAGCGAACAGGUGACAACAGCUUCAAAAGUGGCUGAGGGGAACAGGCUUAAAAAAUCCACUUUAAAACGAACACGUGGAAACGAGACAGUACGUAGCAACAGGCAUAGCAGCAUUUCAGAGGUGCAGGAGGAGGGGGGAUUAUCAUGCUUCUGAUUAUAGGUUAAACCUCUCCCUGAGACUAAUAUUGGCUUUCUAUAAAUUGUGUGGGUCUUGUUUAAGUUUUGAAGUGUCCUCAUGACUAUUAGCCACAGCCAUCUACUCGGCUUCACGUGCAGGCGCUGCUUUUUGCCAUAACACUGGUACAAAGAGAUUAAAAUAGGUUAAACGAGAUUUGAAUCCCCCUCUUCAGUAGAAAGGCAACCAAACAAGUCUAUGUGAGUGGUGUGUUAAAGCAGUAAACAGAACGUUUUCUGUAUGUCUAGUUAGCAUUGAACUCAUUACAAAUCUUUGGCACUUUAAAGCUUUAUUGGAAGCUCUUAACAGUGAGUUUGCUCGACAGGUGAGAUAUAAGGCCUACCUGCUUGGUUUCAAUCUGAUUUUGUCUUUUUCACACUUAAUUUUGGUAAGCUUGUAGUCUCAUUGAAAUAUAAGCUGCUGUGUCUAAACUAAACCAUCGGGACAUCACUCUAUAUCAUUGUCCCCGUAUAUGAAACUAGGGGUGAAUAUAGUUUAGAUGCUUUAUACUGUCUUUGGGUUACUUUUAUGCCCAUCUACUGUCUCUAACAGUCCAAGAGGCUCAUUGAAAGAUAAGGAUGAAAAUUAAUCUGGUGUAGAGCUUAAUAUACCUCUUAUUGAGUGAUAAAACUGCCUCAUACUUCAUCAUAACCCCUCUGGACGUAAGCAUAGAAACAGACGUCUUAUUCUUUUUCUGAAAAGGAGACAUUUUGUGCUUUUUUUCUGCAUUUAUUAAAAAGAAAUGCUCAGAAAUAAGAUCUCCCUAUCCCUCAAAUAGGCCAAUGAGGCAUGUGCAAGAGGUGUGCUUACCUUUUGUACUGUGCAAUACAAUGACAUGUGUCAGGACUUUUGCCCAAAUGCCUUAUGAGGGUUUUGCAACUGUUUAAAAGAUUAAAAGAGCAAGUUUGAGGAAAAAUUUAGGGCUCAAAUUCCUCCUGUGAUUAUAGUUAUGUGGUCACUAUCUGUAUUUAUUCAACAAAUCCUAAAGGAAACAAUUGGUUACUGUAAUUUCCCUUUUUUUGUGACCAAACCCUUUGCCCUUUAACAAUAUCCAACCUUGCAAUGAUAUCACUAAUGAAACUGUUGUAAUAUUUGUCAAACUCCCUCUUUUACAGAGCGACGAUUUUUUACAGUGUUAACUUCUUGA